AUGGACAGCGCAAUGAGUUUCAGCAAAACAACGCUUCGUCCCGACACCACCGCAGCCGAAUGGACCACAGCGCUCACCUUCAAUGACACUUUCACAAGUGAACUUCCAGGCGACCCGCUCGUGCCACAAGCGCCGUACACGCAGCACCCAGACGGCUCCUCCGGCUGCAUCGCCACGCCCGAGGCGCAUUUCCGCGGCUCACGCACCGUUCGCAAUGCACUUUGGAGCCACGCGAUCCCGGCCGACCAGCCGUCACCGCGGCUCAUAAGCGUCAGCGAGCCGAGCGCCGCACUCCUCGGCCUGGCCAAGCAGAGGUUCUGGGCCAAUGCGCAGGCGGCAGCCGAGGUGUGGAGCGGCGCCCGUAGGCUGCCUGGGUCGCACCCCUGGGCGCACGCCUACGGUGGCCACCAGUUCGGCAUUUGGGCGGACCAGUUGGGCGACGGCCGGGCGAUCUCGCUCGGCCAAGCAAAGCCCGCUGGCACCGGCGCGGUUUCCUGCUGGGAGCUGCAGCUGAAGGGCGCCGGCCGCACGCCGUAUUCGCGUUUUGGAGACGGGUUUGCUGUGCGCAGAUCGAGCAUUCGCGAGUUUCUGGCCGCUGAGCAUAUGCAUGCGCUGGGCGUGCCGACGUCACGGUCGCUGGCGCUGGUGUUUACUGAGCGGCCGGUGCAGCGCGAAGAGCUGGAGCUCGGCGCCGUUGUUACGCGGAUGGCGCCGUCGUGGAUCCGAUUCGGGUCAUUUGAGCUGCCGGCGUCGCGCAAAGACCAUGCGCUGGCUGUCGGGUUCUGCCACGGCGUCAUGAACACUGACAACAUGUCGUUGCUCGGGCUGACCAUUGACUACGGGCCGUUUGCCUUCCUGGACGCCUACGACCCGGAUUUUAUCUGUAAUCACUCGGAUACCCAGGGUCGCUACGCGUUCCGCGAGCAGCCGCGGGUCGCCCUGUGGAAUCUCAUGCGGCUCGCCGGUUCGCUCUCGACACUGAUCGACGGCGCUUCUGAGCCACCUGCCGAGCCUUCGCCGGAAACCGUCAAUGUGAUCACGGACAUUCUCAACUCAUACGCUGGCUGCUUCAAAGACGAGUAUGCGCGCAUGGCUGCAAGGUCGCGGUCGUUCACGUGCGUGGAUUCAACCAAGUGGCGCGCGGAUCUCCGCCGCUACUACGUUGACGUGUACUUGCCGCGCCUGCGCCAGGAGGGUAAGGGCGAUGCGGUGGGUGCGCGGAUGCGAGGCGAGAAUCCGCGCUUUGUGCUGCGCAAUUGGGUUGCGCAGGAUAUCAUUGAGCGUGUGGAGGCUGGCGAUGAGCAGGUAGUCGAUCGGUGCUUGGAUUUGAUGACGAAGCAUGCUUUUGACGACGAGCUGCCGCAGAAUUUGGCUGACUUGGAUGUGUACGCUGGGCCUGUGCCUGAGUGGGGCGAGGGCCUUCAGUGCAGCUGCAGCUCAUAAAUAAACAGAACAUUGUAUUUAUGCUAUUUUAUUCGCGCAAUUGAAUGCCUAUUGUUUGCUUUUUGUUGUUUUUUGAUUUGUUUAAACGUGUUGGAAAA